GUUGCUUUGAUAAAAAGUGACGGUAACAGAAAAUCUACUAAAACUAUUUGAGAUUAGGAAGAAGGACCCAAAGUGUGGCAUUUGCUCUUGAAUUACCGGCUGCACUAGGACAAAUCCUGGGGUCAAAUAGGCCUUAAGAUUCAAAGCGACGUUUUACAUGAGUCCCUAGUUACCCUUUUGCGUCUCAGACUGUGUGUGCUAAAGGGACCAAGCAAGUGAGUCAGGGCAGCACAUCUAGCAGUACCAGAAGAGCUAGCAUUAGCGUUAUCAAUAGCGUCAGCGUUAGUCAGUCACUGCGAUGGCCUCCGAUAGUGGCAGCAACAUGGACAGAGAAAUGAUUCUGGCUGACUUUCAGGCAUGUACUGGGAUUGACAACAUUGCGGAAGCCAUCACUCUCCUAGAACUGAACAACUGGGAUUUGGUGGCAGCCAUCAACGGCGUGAUACCACAAGAAAAUGGCAUCUUGCAAAGCAGCAGCUUCACCAGCGAGGCGUCUCAGACGGGCCCGCCCACUGCACCGGCAGCCGCGCCCCCGCCGCCGCCCGCCGCUGUGUCGGCGUCCACGUCGCCUUCCUCCUCCUCCUCUUCCUCCUCCUCGGCCUUCUGCCCCGUGCCGCCGGCGCGACACAUCGUGGAGCGGCAACCACGCAUGCUCAACUUCCAUGUGGAGUACCGCACGCGCGCUAUAGAGGUGGUGCUGGAGGAGGCCAGCACCGUGGGUGACAUCAAACAGAUUCUGGAGACAGAGCUUCAGGUGCCCGUGUCUAAAAUGCAGUUAAAAGGCUGGAAGAGUGGAGAUGUGUCUGAUAGUACGGUGCUGAGGAGUUUACAUCUGCCCAAAAACACCAGCCUGUAUGUGCUCACCCCAGACAUCGCCCCCUGUGCUGGCACCAGCCUCAGCAGCCUCCAGCAAGAGUCAUUAAAUCAGAACUACCUGCUGGUCAUCACUCACCGGGAGGCACAGAGAGAGUACAGCCUAAACUUCCCCGGCAGCAGAACCGUCCAGGAGGUUAAGAGGAACAUCUCAGACUUGACGAACAUCCCAGUGAGGCAUCAACAGUGGGAAGGCUGGCCUGCCUCGGCCUCAGAUGACUCAAUGACGUUGGCCUCCUGUGGGAUCACCUACCCGUGCCAUCGCCUGAGCGUGUGCAGAAGAUCCUCCCCAGCCAGUGCUCUGGAGCCCACUGAGGAGUGCACAGAUGUCCACAUGGUCAGCGACAGUGAAGGAGAUGACUUUGAGGACGCGUCCGAGUUUGGUGUAGAUGAGUGUGAAAUCUUUGGCAUGGGAAGCUCGAGCUGUCGAAAGUCGCCAAUGAUGCCAGAGAACAGUGAGAAUGAGGGUGACGCCUUGCUGCACUUCACUGCUGAGUUCUCAUCAAGAUAUGGAGAUUGCCAUCCGGUCUUCUACAUCGGGUCCCUGGAGGCUGCAUCUCAAGAGGCCUUUUAUGGCAAAGCCAGAGAUAGAAAGCUGCUGGCCAUCUACCUCCACAAUGACGACAGUGUUCUCAGCAAUGUCUUCUGCUCCCAGAUGAUGUGUGCAGACUCCAUAGUCUCAUAUCUCAGCCAGAACUUCAUCACAUGGGCAUGGGAUGUCACUAAAGAAGCCAACAAAGCCAGGCUGCUCACCAUGUGCACGAGGCAUUUUGGGAGCGUUGUUGCACAGACCAUCCGGACGUACAAAACGGAUCAGUUCCCCCUAUUGCUCAUCGUCAUGGGCAAGCGGACGUCCAACGAGGUUUUAAAUGUCAUUCAAGGCAACACGACAGUGGACGAGCUAAUGAUGAGGCUGAUGGGAGCGAUGGAGAUCUUCACUGCUCAGCAGCAAGAGGACAUCAGAGACGAGGAUGAGCGCGAGGCCAGGGAAAUGGUGAAGCGGGAGCAGGACGAAGCCUAUCGCUUGUCUUUAGAGGCUGAUCGCAAAAAGAGAGAAGCACAGGAACGGGAAGAGGCGGAGCAAGUACGUCAGGAGCAAAUCAGGAAAGAGCAAGAAGAGGAACGAGAGGCCAUCCGCCUGUCACUGGAGCAGGCCUUACCGCCAGAGCCCAGCGAGGACGGAGGCGAGCGGAUCAGCAAGCUCCGGAUCCGGACUCCCAGCGGAGAGUUCCUGGAGCGCCGCUUCCUGGGCACCACCCGGCUGCAGGUUCUCUUUGACUUCGUGGCCUCCAAAGGCUAUCCAUCCGACGAAUUCAAACUGCUGACCACCUUCCCCCGCAGAAACAUAACGCAGUUAGAACCGUCGGGGACGCUGUUGGAAGCCAAGCUCUUCCCUCAGGAGACCCUCUUCCUGGAAGCCAAGGAGUAGGACUGACUCUGCUUUUGGACACAAACAGGGAAGAACUUUAGCAUGGUUUUCACGGAGAACAGACACACACAAACACGCUGUCUUACACACAGUGCAUUGUACAUUGCAUUGUACUUGUAUGCGCGCGCGUGCACACACACACACACACACACACACACACACACACACACACACACACUUGCAGUGUCAUGGUUUCUCUCCAUUCACUGGUAAAAAACAAAAAACAAUACAUAAAAAUAAAAGAAACUGUGAUCUCAAGACCCAGGAAGGCAUCGCUGACAAGGACGUCCCACUAUGGCUGCUUUUUAAACCUGGUUUGCGUUCAAAAGAAACAAAAAGAUGAUGCAAAUUACCAAAAAAAAGGAAAACGAAGAAAAAUAAAAGCAAAGAGACAUUUCCUGGAGAAUGCUGGACUGGCUCCUCCUCCUCCUCGCUCUAUUGGAUCCCUUGGUCUCUGGCCACACCCCAUGGAGUGCCAAGUGCCCUCCUCUUCCACCAUAUCUCCAUCCUGUUGAUCAGAUCUGGUAUUAAUCUCAACUGCUCAAAAAACAAAAGGUCCCUGCUGGCCAGUUUUUCCUCCCACCUCCUAUUGCCCCCCCCACCCCCCUUUUUUUUUUAGUUUGAUGCUGUAUUAGUUUUAGUUUGAUACAUUAUAUAAAAUAUAUAUGAACAUG